AUGAAACAAUCAUUGGUUUUGUAUUCGGGUCCAGAAGAAUCCAGCUCUCGGUUCGGAUACUUCCAUCUACCAGGUCCACCAUCUCGUCUGGCCAGGGCGCGUUUAGGAAGUCUUUGUUCGUGGCGAUCCAAAUACUAGUGCCGUAGACGUUGGCUUGCAUUUGUCCAGCGAGAAAAUUCAAUAAGCGAUGGAGACGAGCUACAAACUAACUCUCAUCAGGCACGGAGAGACGAACGAGAAUCGCCUGGGUAUAAUGCAGGGUCAGAUGGACUGCGCCUUGUCUGAAGUGGGCGAGCAGCAGGCACGGGCGCUGGGCUCGCGACUCGCCGCCGACAAGAUGGAGUUCACUCACGUGUUCAGCAGUGAUCUGCAACGUGCAUAUAAAACGGCUACGAUCUCCCUGGAGCUGCUCGCCAAACAGCGACAGAAGGAUACAACUCGAACGGAAGGGGAGUCGAGUCCAGGCGACAGCACGCCAGCCACUCACAAUGGCAGCAGCAGCAGCAAUGAUGGUGUUGCCAAAGGAGCGGAGCAAGGGCCAGCGACGACAAUCACUCGCGACCAGCUGCUGCGCGAGUUCAAGUACGGCACGGGCGAGGGGAAAACCCGUGUGCAGCUGAAUGCAGUGGCACAGCAGCUAGGCAUGACUCUCUGGGAGUACACUCCACCGGGCGCGGAGAGCGAGCUGCAGAUGGAAGCGCGGACGAGCGCGUUCUUCGACAAGCUCAACAGUUUCGUACGGGACCGGUGCUGCAGCGAGGACUGCGCCGCCGACGAGGCAGCGCUUAAGUUCACCAGCACGCCCGGCUUAGCAUCUGGUGGCGGUGCAAGCGCACCGCCGGCACAACCGCACUUGGCCGUGUAUACGCACGGCGGCUGGAUCCGUGUGUUCCUGCACGUGCUCGCACGGAAGCACCAUCUCGUAUCGAGGGUCCGUGGCAUUCCGGCAGAUCGACUCUCGCGAGUGCCUCCGAACACGGGCGUGUGCCAGUUUACUGUGCGGCUGGGCGACGGUGUGACACAGAGCAGUGCAAGGGUCGAGUGCACGAUGGCGCACGAUGCACAACACCUCGACUCAAUACCACCAGUAGAGUGAUGCCGAAACACGCGUGUGUGUGUGUGUGUGUGCGUCCUCUUCUCUCUUUCUCUCUCUCUCUCUCUCUCUCUCUCUCUCUCUUUCUUUGUCAUUUGAAUUUCGAAAGCUGGAGACCAGGUGACGUCAUGGCAAGGGACCACUGACCGAAUGAUGUCAUGCUCGCUGUGUCAUGACUCAUGAGUGCAGUUACAGCACCCUGCCUCCAUUCAUGCCCAUGUAUAUUCUUCUCUAGAGCAUGCAGCAAAAAUUCAGACAUUGGCACGGAGGUAUCAAGCAAGCUUCGAUCCAAGCUACUUAGAAAUGCUUUCUAAUUUAUUUUCAACAAUUUCCAACACCUUGCAGUGUACCGCUGGCUUGUUCACAUCAUCAUAAAAUCAUUAUGAUUUGUUUGCAUGUUGCUACUUGCUGAAGUCGGGGUCAUGAAUGCACGACCUUUUUUUUGGACUACGUUCCAUCCAUAUACAUGUACAUGGCUGUGCGAUUAUUUGCCGCCACAUUUCGCUCCAUUUGCUUAUGUUGUUUCAAAUCUUUAUUCUCACGAUAUCCAGUGGCCAAUAAGAGAUAAUAGUGUAAGAAAGGAGAAAGAGUGAGGAAGAAUUGGGUGGGC